AUGACCGAAGCCAAGAUCCGAGAGCUCAAAGACCUUUUCCCCUCCAUUGAUGACACAUUUCUCCUCGAAAUUCUUCUCUCCUGCGAUGGCUCCUUAAACCAAGCCGUCUUGCUUCUCAACGAAUCCGUGGCCCAGGACCUAGAGGCAAACACUAUAGACGAGAAACCGGCGCAGACAAAACGGCGAAAGCUAAAAAGCUCGGUUUACCAAUCGUCACUUUCGCUGUUUAUGAGUCCCAGUCAGACCGCCGCUUUGCCGAGCAAAAACCCGGAACCCCCAAAUGGAAAUACCAAACCCGAUGUCCAGAAAGCACCUGGAAAAACCAAAACCAUCCAUUUAUGCACAGAAGAAGCUAUUGAGACUAAACUUUCACCCUAUAUUUCGUUCCACAGGAACUUCCUUCCCCCAGAUCUUGCUGAGCGGCUUCUUUUCUUUCUCAACAAAAAUGAGGCCUACUCCAACCGAAGGUUCUACCUCUUUGGCCAGAAAUGUAUGUCAAAUCAUGACAAUGUAAUGUUUGGAAGUAGUAACGAUGGGGUAACGGAAAAGGCGGAGAUUAUCUAUAACGGCCGCUCGGUAUCGAAUAAUAUCCAGCCGUACAACGACGAUUUGAGCAUUCUCCAGGUGUUGGUGGAAGAUUUUAUCAACCGGGAGAUUGAAAAGCAGAUUGAAGAGCACACAUUGACGCCCUUCCAGCUGUUGCAAUGGCGCGGCGACAUCUGUAAUGUCAACAGGUACCAAACCAAGGAAAACAACCUUGACUGGCAUUCGGACAGACUCUCGUACAUCGGUCCCCACAACUUUAUCGCAUCCAUGUCCCUAGGGGCCACGCGCCACUUCAAAAUCAGACGGCAGUACCCCGUCAAACAGAAUCCUAAUCCGAUCUAUUCCAUCCCCCUUCCCCACAACACGUUAUUGCUCAUGCGGCCUGGGUGCCAGGAGGAGUUUAAGCAUUGUAUAAUGGGGUCGAAGCAGCCAAUAGACCUCUACCCAGACCCCAAGAUCGGGGAAACACGGAUCAACGUCACCAUGCGGUACUACCGGGAUGAUUUAGUAAACUAUCGGCCCAAGUGUGACUGCGGGAUAAACAUGGUGUUGCGGCGGUCAUACAAGGAUGUAAAGUUACGUGGCCGCUACUUCUGGUCGUGCGAAGCAGGUUAUGCCAAGAUUGAGGGAGGGUGCAAGAAGUUUUACUGGGCCAAGUUCCAUGAUAAUAGCAAAGGCGAGAUGGAAGAGGAUCUGAUGGUGUUCUACACGGAAAAGGCGGAUGAGUGCUCGAUAUGGGUGGCGGAUGAGGAUUCAGAGAAAAAGCAGUACCUUCAGGAGACGGAAAAUAACCUGGGGGAUACGCGUACUCCAUUUACGCUUGUGUACCUCUACACAACCACAAUGAAAUUUAUCGACGAAUUCGAUAUUGAAUUGGUCAACCAGGCGUUGACCUUCGACACCUCUGACGCCUCCAUCAAGGGCGGCUGCGACCUCUUCACCACCAAAUCGGUAGGCAAGGACAAGAAAUUUUACAAGUCCUUAGAGAAACACUUGGACCAGAUGCUCCAGGACAACAAUACGAACGAGGUGUUGGCGCGCUCCAUUGCGGAUGCUGGCGCGGGGUUGUCGCUGUCGCCACCGCGUCUCUGGGAAGAAUUGCAACAGCGUAUGAGACGGCGCUCGUCGGUGGCAGGGCCAAUAUACCAGAGACCAGUCUUCAAACCAACGCCUCACACCAAGGGACGGUCUUAUUCGACUGGAAAGGAAAAUGGAAGGGAAAAUAACGGUGCCAAUGGGCAUGCCAAUGGAAAGGACAGUACCCCGUACGUUUCUCCCCCAAAAUCGUUCACAAAUUUGGAUAUUGAAACGAUUUCUGAGCACCGCCGGUCACGCAGAGGGAGCAACCAGAGCAACUAUGAUCCGUUUGAGAACUUUGAGUUUGACCCGUUGAAUGACCCGUUGUCAAGAAAAAUCUACUGCUACGUGAUUGCCAUUCUCAACGCGCUGUAUCCGGACCACGACUUUUCCGAGUUAGAACCCUCCACCUUAUCGGUGGUGCUGCUUGAUGAAAUUAUUGCUAAUAUCAACUCCAUUCUCAUUACAAACCCCAAUGCCUCGAACAUCUCUACCGAUGCUGGAUUGAACCCAAACAACCUCUCAUCUCUGGGCUCGUCCAAGUCCUGGAUGUGGGAGAUUGUCAAUUCCCACAUGGACUUUGAAGACUGUCUCUGUCUCAAGUUUGGCCCGGACGACCAAUCUUUCCUCGUGGACGACGAUUUACAGUCCUCUGCCUCUUCCCCGGAGCGGGCCGAAACACCCAUGACCGUUAACGUACAACCCCAAGUGGACGAUCUGAUGGAGAUGGACAUGGAAAUGGACGACGCAUACGGGGAGACGCCGCAGGAUAUCGCCGCGGAGAGUGCGAUUAUCGAUGACUUGUACGACGGGCUGAAUAUUUUGUGGUCAAUGUUCUAUUUUAUCUACAACAAGAAGCGGAAGAGGGUGGCGUUUGUGUAUAUUAAUUCGCGGACAUCAUAG